CGCGGCCUCCCAGCCACAGCGGCCGGCGGUGCGGCGCCGGGGGCGGCCCUGUGCGCUGCGUCCGGAGCUCGGGCGCGCCUGCUGUUCGGACCGCCGCUCAGUUCGAAUACAGGAUUUUCGUGCGCUUCUGUGGCUCUUCAUUCACAGUCUUUGACGUUUCUUCCGUUUUUGGCCGGUCCGGGAACGACGCAUCCGCCGCGCGCAAUACCUUCACCGAGAGGACUCCAGAGUCUUUCACGAUUUGCUUCUGCCACAUAGCUCCCACAUACUUCUGGCGCCAAGUGCCAGGAGACACAACGACCGGCCUUUUGUGAGCGAGACGGCAGACGACCGGGCUAGCAGUAUUCUGGGAAGCCGUUCCAACAUUGUGCUUAUUGGACCAUGUGCUGCUAUGUAUGCCUGAAGUACUUGAAAUGCAAAUUUGGAGAGACUUUGCCGUCUAAAUGCUUGGCUGGAUUAAGCGCCUAAUUAGGAUGGUUUUUCAACAGGUUGGAGUAAGCAUGCAAUCGGUACUUUGGUCUGGGAAGCCAUAUGGUUCAUCUCGAAGUAUCGUAAGGAAAAUUGGUACUAAUUUAUCUCUGAUCCAGUGUCCAAGAGUUCAGUUUCAGCUUACCAGCCCCACAACAGAAUGGAGCCCUAGUCCUCCAGGAGAGGAUGCAGUGGUGUCUUUUGCUGAUGUUGGAUGGGUAGCCAAAGAAGAAGAAGAAGAAGAGUGUUCAACAAGACAAAGGACAGAGGUCAGAUCAGGGCAGCCCCUUCGGGACGGUCCCUCACCAGACGCGUCUCCAGAAGAGCCUCCGCGGAAGACCGCGCUGGCCAGUGAGGAAGCACUGCAGAAGAUCUGUGCCCUUGAAAAUGAACUCGCUGCCCUCAGGGCUCAGAUUGCCAAGAUUGUGACCCUGCAAGAGCAGCAGAGUCUCAUUGCAGGUGAUUUAGAUUCUACCACAUGUGUCCCCACAGCCCCACCCUCCGUCCCCCCACCCCCCCCGCCCCCACCCCCCCCGCCCCUCCCCCCACCAGGGCUUCACCAAAGUGUAUCUGCCAUCGAGCUGAUAAAAGAGCGAAGAGAGAGAAAAGCCUGUGCUGGAAAGACUCUGGUUAAGAACAGUCCCCCGAAGCCAGAUAUGCCAAAUAUGCUAGAGAUCCUCAGAGAUAUGAGCAGCGUAAAACUCCGCUCAGUAAAACGGUCCGAGCAGGAGCCGAAGCGCAGGCCGGUGGACGCUGCUGACCCUGCCGCCCUCAUAGCAGAGGCUCUGAAGAGGAAGUUUGCCUUUCGAUACCGAAGUGAUAGUCCAGGGGAAGUUGAAAAAGGAAUUCCAAAGUCUGAACGAGAGGCCACCUCGGAGCCAGUGCUGUUUGGGCCACACAUGUUGAAGUCUACAGGAAAAAUGAAGGCUUUGCUUGAAAAUGUUUCAACUUCCUAAUAGUGAGCUGAGGAAAAACCCUCCUUGUUCCAGCCGUUGGUUUGUUAGGACUCUUUGGCUACUGGAAAUCCACACUGGUUAGUAAACGCCUGAAUUUAGUAUUCAGUAGUCUCCUUUAAGUCUAAUAAAAAAGCACUCUGUUUCUUUUUGUGAGAAGGUUCUGAAGUUUUCCGUAACAUGUUUUUAAUGCGUAGCCAGGAUGUUAAAAGGUUUCUAGUCUUAAAAAUAAUUCUAUAGAUUUCAGAAGAAAAGGACAUUGUAGAUGUGAGGUUUUAAUUCUUAACACUAAUUUAUCCGUGCAGAUGUUUUAUAUGCAUAUCUUUGGGUAUAAAAUAGUACAUAAAAUGUAAUGAUGAUGUCGGCGAGGUGGUCGGCGACCCUUGAUCACUCGGCGCUGGAACGGGGUAUAACACACGUUGCUGGAGUGAGACAUUUAGGAACCUUGUUGCCUUGAAUAGGACUUUUACCUUAGACUCCCUCUCACGUUUCCUUAGAGAUGGGGGCGCAAGUAGGAACCAGAUGAUGAUCGCUGCUGAAAAUCCUGUAAUGCUUUCGUUUAAAGGAAAGUCAGAGACCACGAAAGCUGCUUCCCGUCAGUGCUAUCCAGUGCUGAGAGAGAGAGUGUAGCUUUCAGACAAAUCAAAUUACCGAAUCAAACGUGUAACAGGUGAGAAGCACCGUGUACCAUCUUUUGUGUUUCCAGUUUCAUAAGGGCCUCAUAGAGGGCUUCUUGCUAAGUUAAUAUGUACUGGAAAUGGUAGCAUAAUGGAGUUUCAGGACUUUUUAAUAUUGGUCAGAUGUCGUAGCUUUAUAAUGAAACACUGAGUAGGCGAAAGAAUUUCCUGUAAGUUGUUUAUCACUGUCCCAGUGCUGUUCCGCUGAGUCACGUCGUGCAGCAAACCUUAGGUGCUACCAGAGGGUGGAGAGGCGCCCUUCUGGAGCGGGGCUUCCGCGGGCCGCUGUACGGCCACGUGCGCGUGCCUGAUGACGCUUUCUGGGCCUCUAUCUCUGUGAAACUCAGCUGUGGUUAGCGCAGAGUCUCCUGCCAUGAGUAAAUACGGGGAUUUAUUUAAAUCUAGUAAAAAGAAAUGGAGAUGGGAAGAGUAGACAUUUAAGUUAUUGAAAAUAUGUGCAAUGUUCUCAAUAUUAGGAAAUGUUACUCAGCUUAAAUUGGAACUGUGGCUUUACAUUGUUUCUACUGUUUCAUACGAUUUAAAAAUUCCACCUUU